AUGCAAACAAAUCUCUCUCAUUCUCCCUCAUUUAGCCACCGUAUCAACUGUGAUUUGAAGAAGAGUUCUUCAAAACUCAACUCUAGACACAGACGCCUCCUCACCUUGAAUUUUUACAUGAGUUCAAAAAGGGAUUCAAAGCGAAAACUAGGGUUUUCUGAAUCUGAGAUUGGUGGCGGAAGAGAUGUCAGAAGGGUGGAGGUGACGGUGGCGAUUGGUGGUAGAAGAUAUGUUUUAUGUGUAAUAUUGUCUUAUAUAUGAAAAAAGUAAGAGGAAGAUGAUUUUCUUCAUUGUAUGACAACUAACCGAUGAUGAACAAAUCCGAGCACAAUAACUGAAGACUAUUUCAUUAUGUUUGGAAAAUAAUUUAAGAUGAAUUUCUUUCUCUUUUCCAAAAAGAUCAAGACAAGAAGCA